AAUCGGCUUGUUUUCAUUCUUGUUCGCGUCUUUCGUUCGGGGAACGUUUGGUUAAAAUUUGAUACGGAAAAGUGACUGAAUUUCGGCCAGGAAAAUGUCGUUCAAAGGCUCCAAAGUGCAAAAGGUGAUGGUUCAACCCAUCAACCUGAUCUUCCGCUACCUGCAGAACAGAUCCCGUGUCCAGGUUUGGCUCUACGAGAACACUCACCUCCGAAUAGAAGGCCAUAUCGUCGGUUUUGACGAAUAUAUGAAUCUGGUGCUGGACGAGGCCGAGGAAUACAACAUCAAGAAGCAAAAUCGACGUCCACUGGGACGAAUAAUGCUCAAAGGCGACAACAUCACCCUGAUCCAGAAUGUGGUGACGAACUGAGCGAGAUUGGAAGGCGGGAAACUCCUGAAUGAUCAAUGUUUUACGAAUAAUUUAAUUACACAACAAUAAUUGAUGUUUCUCAUUGAAGAAAACAAUGUUUCAGAGUGUGAUGGACGAUGAACUCUUAGUGUAAGCUGUGAGCCGCUGCUGUAUAAUAUAAAUAAAAGUGAACUAAACGAAAA